AUGCCAAGAAGACAGACUAACGGAGGAGCGGAGGUAGUGCUGCCUCCUCCACUGUAUCUGGUCCAGCCCAGGACAAAGGGCUUGGGGCCAUGUGAAUCGUGCGCGCACCUCGGGACGAAUGAUGAUACUGAUGCGGAUGCGCUUGCGAAUGCGGAUGCUGAUGCUGAUGCUGAAGCCGAGGAUGCCGAUAGUGCUGAUGAUGAUGAUGAUCGUGGUGAUGAUGAUGAUGAAGACGAUGAUGAUGAUGAUGAUGAUGAUGGAGAGCUCAUGCAGGUCACACCACACCGCAAAAUAGUGAUGCGGCUGAUACCGCAAGCACUAGUUCUGGGCCGAUCCACGGCUCUGGUCCAGCAGUCGCCCCGACGCUGCCGGAGGAGGGCACCAGGCAGGGACAGCACAGCACAGGACAGCGACAGCACAGCGCAGCACAGGACAGAACCGAUUCCCACUAGUGGACCUUGCAGACCAUCGCCAGCAACUCGUGAUGUAGCACUAUUUGGCGGAGAGGCCAAUCCGGUUGGACAGCUCGUCACGGUAGCCUGUUCCUGGGACGGCAACUUACAUGGCAAAAGUCAGUACAGUCGUACCUAUGCUCUACGGGGUGGUAGCGCUCCGGACGGCUUGGUGCUGGAGCAGACUGUGGUACGGUAUCGAGUGACGCCUUCUGACGACUGCGACCAUGUCGUUCCCACAGCGCACGCCUACGCCCACGUACCCACGGCACUUGGGGCUGUCACCAGUCACCACUGCAUGAUGAUGCGGCCGCCUACGGCGCGUCUCGCAUGCAUGACCUGCGUGCCGUCCCGACCUUCGUUCCGAGACAGCAAUAAGCAACAGCAAGACAACCCAGCAGGCAUCAUCAGCAUCGGAGUGAGUGUCCAUGCCGCGCCCCCAAAUUCCCAAUGUGCGCUCCUCAGCGGGCUUCUGCUGGGAAGAUUGCACACACGGAAGUCGCCGCGAUAUACAGCAUCGCACACCCUGGGCGUCCAAGAUGAGGGUCAUCAUAAAUGGAGAUCUGGUCCACGUCCAGUUGGGCAGCAACAAUCAAAAGGAACGGUGCAGAUCCUGGUCAAAGUCGCAAUGCUCCUCCUGUUGCUGAACCGCCGUGACAGGCAUGAGCCUACGGUCGGUUCUACCGUCUACGGUGCACCUCCUGGCAACGUCAAAUCCCGCCGGAACGGUUCACAGCAACGGGCUGCCGCCAUGAGUGAUAUUUCCAGAUGGCGCCGGAUCCAGGCAUAUGGACGGUACAACAGGAUGGGUCCAGUCCUCGACUCUCGCAUGCCAUGCCAUACCCCCCUCCCCCCCUCCCUCCCGUUCUCCGUCUCUCGCAUCGCAUCGCGUCGCGUCACUGCGCCGUACCUCGCCCGUCGGCCAUCUGGCAUCAGUCAGCCAGUCAGUCAGCCCGACAGGCCAGGUCACAGACUUACAGGCUCGCAGGCUCACAGCCUGUCGUCUCCCGUCUCUUCACUCAUGCUGGUCGGAAGGGGGAGGGGGAGGGGGAGGGGGGUGGGAAAGGCCCAUGUGGCUGAGCUUGUGACGCACGCGAUGCAACGGAAAGGCUGGCACCCUUCCGCUGCCCCGUUCUGCAAAGUCGUGCAUAGCCGCGCUCUCGUUAUUGGCUGUGCCGCUCCGAUUAAGGCAACGCGCAACCUAUCACGCAAUUUGCGACUACUGCUGAGGGUGGUGUGGGUGGGUAGGUAUGCUUGCUUGCUUGCAUAUAUACCUAUGCCCCCUUCUGCCGCUCCGAGACUCCCCCCAGGCGGCCGCGCACGUGCUGUGUGGACGCACUGCGGCAUGCAUGGCGUGAUUGCGCUAAAGGAUCGCAUUUUAAUCAUUGCUCGCGCUAGGUACCUCUCCAUCUCGCGCCAACACACGGAGAAAAAAUACAUUAUCACACUUGCCGAUGUCACUGUCAUCAUCUACGGGAGUUCUACUACAUGUACCUAA